AUGGAGGCGGUGGAGGAGAAGAUGAUUAAGAGACAUUCUCCAAAUCUGAUAGGCCAUGAUCGGCUGUUUCAGUUAGAAGAUGUUUUGAUUAACGUUCUCUCGUGGCUACCAGUGAAGACCCUCUUUAGAUUUAGGUGCGUAUGUAAACGAUGGCGUUAUCUGAUCUCUAAUGAUCCUUAUUUCUUGCGACUUCACUCUCAGCAUUCCAAAUCCAAACAACCUCUUCUCUUAUUCUCAUCAACUCCAGCUGAUUCAAGGGACUCCAUUUCCCUAAAAUCCAUAGACAGAGAAAAGAAUCCCAUAAGCAGAUUUGAGGUCAAGUUUGAGAAUAGUUAUAACAUUCUGUUACCUACUCGUUUCGAUCUGGUUUGCAUUUAUGACGAUGCGAAUGUUCAUAUUUGUAAUCCCAGUACACAUGAAUUCAUAACAUUGCCAAAACCUCCUCCCGCCUGUUACCCUUCUGUGGGUUUCGGAUAUGUUCAGUCAACUGGCCAGUACAAAGUAGUUCGUUUGUCUGUCCCUGAUUAUGGCCUUGUCGAUGAAGAUGAUGAAAUACUCAGUGAUGAUGAGGCUGCUUUAUUCAGGACGAAAUGUCAAGUGUUUACCUUGGGAGUGGAAAGAAGGGGCUCUAGUUCUUGCUCUUGUUGUUCUUGUGUUUGGAGAGACGUGGAAGAUUCUCCAUAUGAUGUCCGCUUUGUAACUCGUCCAGCUUUUGUUAAAGGAGCCAUCCACUGGCUGGUCGAUUAUCAUCCUAUGAUUGACGCUCAGGUCUACCAUGGGCAUAUGAUCGACCCUAAUUAUACGAUCAUCGCGUUUGAUGUUGAGUGCGAAGAAUUCAGAUUAGUCCCACAUCCUGAAGGUGGUUGUCCUGAUCCUAGGUCUUUACAAUCUACUGCAUUUCAAUUGGUGGAGUUGAGAGGGUUGCUAUGCCUUUCACAUUUUAAAGGUUCCAAAAUGGAUAUAUGGAUGUUCAAAGACUACUACUACGAGAGUGGUAAUGAUCGUCGUAUCAGUGGUACCUGGGUGAAAGAAUACAGUAUUGAUCUGAACGUCUUGUACCGUCGCUACCGAAUGGGGAAAUGCUUUAGUCACUAUUAUACACCUAGAGACAUAGAGGACACAAAGGUACUAAUUGAGACACAUUUGAAAGGAUUAGGCUAUUACGAUCUCCAAAGCACAAGUUUCAAGGGAUUAAUGCAUAGUAGAGAAAUGCCAAAGCUACAGUUUAGUUUCUACGUGGAGAGUUUGCGCCCAUUGAAACAAUUAGCACAGAAUUGCAUUUCUUAUGAAUAA